AUAAUUAGAAGAGUGAAGAAUAACUACUUGUUUCAGGCCACAACUUUCACAACCCCACAACCAAUUAUGUACUCUUACAAACUUCUGAAACAAGAGUAAUAUCAAUUAUGGCCUCAUCUUCUACCUCUCUCUCCAAAAUUAUACCUGCAAAUGAUCCUACCACAAUUCUGCCUGUCUUUCAUCCCUCUGUCCCAUCAACCCUUCAUUUUCCAAGCAAACCCCAUCUUGCAAAUAAGCCUCAUCCUGCUGGGGACUGCAAAAGAACAAGAAUUAGUAGCAAAACUAGAGUAUCCUUUAUUUCUUCUUUCUUUACCAAAAACAAUGAUUCCAAAACUAUAAAAGAUGAGCUUCUUGAGGCCAUUGUGCCCCUUGAUAAAGGAGCUGAUGCCAAUCCUGAAGACCAGCAGAGAAUUGAUCAGCUUACGCGCAAGCUUGAAGCAGUAAAUCCAACCAAAGAGCCACUGAAGUCUGAUUUACUGAAUGGAAAGUGGGAGCUCAUUUACACUACGUCCAAAUCAAUCUUACAAACUGAGAGACCUAAAUUCUUAAGAUCAAGGGUCAACUACCAAGCCAUCAAUCUGGACACUCUUCGAGCCCAAAAUAUGGAGACAUGGCCAUUCUUUAAUCAGGUAACAGCAGAUCUCUUGCCGAAAAAUUCAAGAGAGGUGUCUGUGAAAUUUGAUUAUUUCAAAAUACUGGGACUGAUACCGGUUAAGGCACCAGAAAGAACUCAGUAUGGCUCUCUAUACAUUACUUAUUUGGAUGAGGAUUUUCGAGUAUCUAGAGGAGAUAAAGGAAAUUUGUUUAUAUUAAGAAUGGUCGAUCGAUCAUACAUACAUUCAUACACAGUUCCAAGCUAAUUUGUCAUUACUAAUUAGUGUGUGUAUGCAUAUAUCAUAUAUGAGAUCAACCUGAUAGUCCUAGAGGCAUUUCUAUACAAGCUAGCAUUGUACUAAUAAAUAUGUGAAAAUUUGUAAAUUUAGGAUUUUAUCUAAGAAAGCUCCAUUCAGAAAUAAAUACAAUUUCUUCAACUCUUA